GGCGGGGCUGAGCGCGCCUGCGUCAUGACGUCACCCGCGUCGCUGAACUGAAGAGGCUCGGGAGCAGCAGGAUAAACCCGGCGAAGAAGAGAACCCGUCGCAGCUGAUCUCUGAGAGCGCUACGCGGCCCCAAGCCAGCAGACAUCGCUGCCCCCUUUUCUCCUUCACUUUGUUUUUAUUUUAUUUUUUUCCCUACACUGUUGCUCCAGCCUCAACAGUCAAUGUUUGUUGGAGAGGAAACAUGCAAAUAUAGACGGACCGUUUCAGAGCAACAAUGAGCACAGCAAAACCCACUGGACUCCGAGCACCCAGCAGAAUCAGCAGGCCAGCCGCUGCUGGGGUCACGAAGACCUCUCCUUCUGUCGGUGCUGCUAAACCAACUCAAGCGGACAAAUCCUCAGCCGAAGCUCAAGAUGCAGGAGAGCAGUUCAAGCUCGGCGAUCGUGUCUGGGUGAAUGGCAACAAGCCGGGCGUCAUUAAGUUUUUAGGAGAGACCCAGUUUGCUCCGGGCCAGUGGGCUGGAAUUGUGCUUGACGAGCCGAUUGGGAAAAACGAUGGCUCGGUGUCAGGUGUGCGCUACUUUCAGUGCGACGCGCUACAGGGUAUUUUCACACGGCCCUCCAAGCUUUCACGCACAGAAGGCGAGGCGGACGACACGACGACUUCUCCUCCGUCCCGUGCUGCGUCACCCACCCCUUCUGCUACACCAGCGUCUGCUUCAACCAAGAAACCCACUUCACCUGCUAAAACCACUACUGCAGCCUCAGACCUGGCGCGGUCAAAGAGUGAGUCCGUGUCCAACCUGUCAGACUGCGGCUCGGUCAAGAAGGGAGAUCGGGAGCUGAAGAUCAACGAUCGAGUGCUGGUUGCUGGCUCGAAAGCUGGUGCGGUGCGUUUCUUGGGCGAGACGGAGUUUGCCAAGGGUGAGUGGUGUGGAGUUGAGCUGGACGAGCCCUUGGGAAAGAACGAUGGUGCUGUGGCUGGAACCAGGUAUUUCCAGUGUCAGCACAAGUAUGGGCUGUUUGCACCAGUGCACAAGGUGACCCGGAUAGGUUUUCCCUCCACCACCCCGGCCAAGGCAAAGAGCACUGUGCGGAAAACUGCAACCACGGCAUCAGAACUGAAGCGCAGCCCCAGCGCCUCCUCCAUCAGCUCCAUGAGCUCCGUGGCCUCGUCUGCUAGUUGCAAGCCCAGCCGAACUGGACUGCUGACAGAGACGUCUGCAAGGUAUGCGAGGAAGGUCUCUGGCACUACGGCACUCCAGGAGGCGCUGAAGGAGAAGCAGCAGCACAUCGAGCAGCUCCUCGCCGAGCGUGACCUGGAGAGAGCCGAGGUGGCCAAAGCAAACAGUCAUGUGGGAGAAGUGGAGCAGGAGCUCUCCAUACUGAGAGACGGCCAGGAGCAGUAUGUGCUGGAGGCUGAUGCUAAACUGGACCAGCUGCGAGUGCUUGUGGAGGCUGCGGACCGAGAGAAGGUGGAGCUGCUCAAUCAGCUGGAGGAGGAGAAGAGGAAGGUGGAGGACCUGCAGUUUCGGGUGGAGGAAGCCUGCAUUACCAAAGGAGAUUUGGAGACGCAGACCCAGCUGGAGCAUGCCCUUCUUAAGGAGCUUGAACAGAGUCUUCUCUUUGAAAAGACCAAAGCUGACAAACUGCAGAGGGAGUUAGAAGACUCUAGGGUGGCCACAGUCUCUGAGAAGUCCCGUAUCUUGGAGUUAGAGCGGGAUCUUGCCUUGCGGGACACGGAGGUAGCUGCUCUUCGCAAGUCUUUGGAAUCUGUCUCAGGGCAAGACGGGGUUCCUGAGGAGGAGCUAAGCUCUCUCCACACACAGCUGGCGAAGAAUAACAAGCAGCUUUCGGGUCAGCUGGCCAAAUCUAAGGAGGAGAAUUCAAAUAUCGUUGAGGAGUGGCGCGCUAAACUAGCAUCGGUCGAGGCCUCGCACCAGCAAGCCUUGGAGGAGCUCAGAGCCUCCCACGAGGCAGGCACGUCUGAGCUGGAGGAGGUGCGUAAUGCUCUGGAACAGCUGGAACUGACACAUAAACUGGAGCUCGAGGAGCUCGCGAACAAGCGUGCUUCUGAAGCCAUGGGCUGGACGGGUGACGCCAAAGAGCACAAGGCACAGCUCCUGAAAGUCAGCGAGGAGAGCGAACGGCUUGUAGAAACGCUGCGCACCAGUCUGGAGAAGGCAGAGGAGCAGCACCUGGUGGAGAUGGAGGAGGUGUUGGGAAAACUUCACAGUGCCGAGCUCAGGGUGAAAGAGCUGGAGUACGCGGGAGUUAAGCUAGGUCAGCAGCUGCGAGAAAAGGCAGAAGAAGCUCUGGAGCAAGAAACAGCUCUUCAGACUCUUCAGGCACAGCACAGUCAAGAGAACCGAGACAUGCAGAGGUUAUUGACCCAAAUAGAGGAGGCAAAAAGCCAAGCCAGAUCUCAGGAAGAAAAGGUCACAGAGUUGAACUCGGUACUAGAGGUUAAACAACAAGAGCUGAGUGGCCUGCUGCAGGAAAAGAGCUCUCUGGAGCAAGAAGUUAGUGUGCUGAAACAGAAUCUUGAAGAAACCUCUAAUGAUCAAGCCACAUCUGCUCAGACUGAUCAAGGUUUACAGAGAAAUUUGAAAGCAAGCGAGGAAAGGAUACUGCUGCUGACCAAAGACAAAACUAAACUUGAGAAUGACAUUGUGGACAUGACGAAAUCAACGGGCGACAGCUCUACUCUAAUAACAAAGCUGAAUGAGCAGAUCAAGCAGAAAGAGAGGAGACUAGAGGAGCUUCAGAAGCAGCUUGAAGAGGAGAGGGAGAAGGCAGCUCAUGCGGAGGAGGAACGCUCUCGAGCCAAAAGCCUGGAGCAGAAACACCGAGCAGAGCUUUCCAGCCUGCAGGAGACGAUCAAGCUUCUGGAGAAGAGCGCUGCAGACAAUCAUGCUAAAGCCAAAGACGUGCUUGCUGCGGGAGAGAAAGCGCUUGCCGACGCUGUGGAGCGCCAUUCCAAAGAAAUGCAGGGACUACACAGCGAGUUUGAUAAAGAGCUGAAACAAGCAGUCGCUGAAAAAGCCCAGGCAGUGGAGGCUCUGAAACACGAGAAGGAAAAGCUAACCGUGGAGCUCGCCAGCAGCCACAAAGACGGCAAUAUUCUGCUAAACCUCAAAAAGGAGUGUGACGGUCUCAACGAUCAGCUGAAGGAGAUGAAAACGAGGGAAAGCACUUUGAAGAGCGAAUCAGAGAAGGAGAACGCAGCUCUUCAGCAGUCUCUCCGAACACAGAGUGCCUUGAUCUCAGAGAAGGACACAGAAUUAGACUCUCUGAGGAACGAGCUGGAUGCUUUGAAACAGCAGAACUCGCAGUAUGAGGAGAACCUGAGUUCUGACCGUCAGAAGAUCAGUGAAGAGAUUGAGGAGCUGAAACAAGCAGUCGCUGAAAAAGCCCAGGCAGUGGAGGCUCUGAAACACGAGAAGGAAAAGCUAACCGUGGAGCUCGCCAGCAGCCACAAAGACGGCAACGUUCUGCUAAACCUCAAAAAGGAGUGUGACAGCCUCAAUGAUCAGCUGAAGGAGAUGAAAAUAAGGGAAAGCACUUUCACGAGUGAAUCAGAGAAGGAGAACGCAGCUCUUCAGCAGUCUCUCCGAACACAGAGUGCCUUGAUCUCAGAGAAGGACACAGAAUUAGACUCUCUGAGGAACGAGUUCAAAAAGGAGUGUGACAGGCUCAAUAGUCAACUGAAGAAGAUAAAAGUGAGGGAAAGCACUUUAACAAAAGAAUCAGAGAAGGAGAACGCAGCUCUUCAGCAGUCUCUCCGAACACAGAGUGCCUUGAUCUCAGAGAAGGACACAGAAUUAGACUCUCUGAGGAACGAGAUAGCAGGUCUGCAGUCCAGUCUGAAACUCCACAGGAGUGAGAACACUCAGCUGCAGGAGGGAGUGAAGGGUCUGGAGAGUUUAGCUGACGCUCAGAUCAGCGGCACAGAUGAUUCUGCUUUAAAAACAUGGAAGGAGGCAAAGGAGAAUGCAGAGCGGCAGGUUGAAUUCCUGAACUCGGUUAUUGUGGAUCUGCGGCGGAAGAACGAAGACUUGACAUCUAAACUGGAGACGAUGGCUGAAGCAGCGCUCAAUGGGAACGGUGCAGCUGAGACGGACACUCACAGCAGUCACGCCGAGCCGACGCUUAAAAAGAAGCCCCCUCCCCGUCUCUUCUGUGACAUCUGUGACUGCUUUGACCUGCACGACACAGAGGACUGUCCCACCCAGGACCAGAUGCUAGACUCGCUGCCACACACCACCUACCACGGCAGCACCAGCGACGAACGACCGUACUGCGACAUCUGUGAGGUCUUCGGCCACUGGACAGAGUCCUGCAAAGAUGAUCAAACUUUCUAGCGUCCCGCUUCAUUUGUACUUGCAGUGCUAUGCCUUGAAUCAAACAGUGCGCAAAAGACUAUUGUAAGUCUGCCUGGUUUUUCACUCGUGUGUUUGCCGCCAUAUAAGCCUGAACCUUUCAGUCACUUUAAAGCAAGCGUCUGUAGUUUACUCGGUGGCAAUUUUACCUGCUUUUUUGGACUGAAUGACGGUUAGGAGGGUUUUAAGUUCACUUUGAAAGUAGUGAAUGCUCAUACUUUAAAUGGUGGUAGAAGCGGUUCUCUUAAACGCUUAAAGGUUUCAGGUUUUUAAACUUCAGUGCUGACCUCUAGAGGAAGGGAGGCUUGACUUCUCAACAGCCUUUCACAUAUCAGCGAGAGACGUAUUAAUAUAAAGAGUAAAUUAUUCUAGAAUUGUGAAAAUGUCAUAGUUUCUAAAUAAAAAAUAAGUAUGUUUCAGUCAUUUAUUAUCUUUCAGAAUGACCGUUACGAAAAUGUUCGCAACUUGUCCAAAAAUGAAAUUAAAACACCUGUUUUUGUUACUUUAUUGCUUUAAUAUUAUGAUUAUUAUUAAGUUGUGGAGAUCUGGAAUGUAUGAAAUUGUGACUGUUUUUAGUAAAGUCAGCAUAUGUUUCCCAGGUGGUAUGUGAGACAUUUAUUUGUAUAAAGAUCAAGGGGGGCGGGGGCCAGAUUUUAUGGAAAUAAACUUCAAAAAAUAUCUUUUAAGUGCAAAAAACAUUCUUUGUUGUGUUGUAUGUUCAUGCUAAUGUGGUGCUCUAAAGAAAAACCCCCGUGCUUUCAAAUCAAUUUCAUAUUGUCUGAUGUGGUUAAUCUCAAGCAUGAUCUACACGGAUGUUUCCCAACCUUAUUUCUGCUCUUUUGUUAAAGCAGUAAAGUUACACAGCUACCGGUGUGUUGCUAGGUUUUAAAGCAGGUUUGAUUGUGUGUUUAUAUCAGUUUCACUGUCCACUCGAUUCACGUAGAUGUGUCCAGAGCUGUGUGAGAUCACUACAAUGCUGCUUUUGUGGAGGUGUGUAGGGUGUUAAAUACAAAC